CUAAUUCAGCUAGAGGGUAGAGCAGGCCAUAUUCAUCCCUCACUAGUACCAGCCAACAAAGCCGGAGCAAGAUGGACAACUGUCCUCGUGUCAACUUCACAGCACAGCGAUCUCUGCAUGAUGAUGGAUCAGUGGAGUUCAGCAACACAGAAGUGGAGAAGUAUAUCAAGAACAACUACCCUGACUGGUUGACCGCUUUUCACAUGGUACCUCCCAUAUUCUCCUUUUCUGGAGAACCGGUAGAUCAGGUCCAAAGGAAGGGCGACGACGCAGAAGGGCAUAUUUACCGCCUUCUCCACGAGCUUGGCAAUGACCUCCGCGACCCGAUGUUCGUGAUUCACAGCUUCAGUUUCAACGAACAAGUUCACCGCGGUCAGGACGUCUGGAGGGUGUAUGGAGAAACAGACUUCGUCAUCGUCAGUAAGAAAUACGGGGUCAUCUUCAUGGAAGUCAAGGCAGUCAGCUCGCACAGUAUUCUUCGAAAACGGUUCAAGAAAGCUCAAGACCAAAUCAACAAAGCAAGAAAGGCUCUCGCGGAGUACCUGAAGGACAGAGUACCCAGGGAGGCGUCCACUGCCCUGUUUCGGAACCCGGCUUUUGUGGUCAUGCCCAACUGUAGAAGACCCCAGGACAGUAUGGAUGCCUACAAGGACGGUUGUUUCUUGGAGGACUGUCAGGAUGGCUUGUGUUUCCGCCAGUGGUGGGACAGGAACAUCGGCUGUGUCCGGCCGCUGUGCAUCCGGGAAGACUUGUACAGGGGCUUACUCUGCAGGUUCAUUGGCCUUCGCAGCGCCACCGCCUGUACCCUGGGCAAACUGGUAGACGACACCACCCGAGACGUCCUGCAGAUGUUCAACAGUCAGCAACUCGCUCUCCUGAACAACGUGGGUCUGCCGCGGUACCAGCUCAUCACAGGUCCCGCCGGCAGCGGGAAGACCUCCAUCCUACUGCACAAGGUACGGGCUCUCAACAGAGACAUCGGCAAAACUGGGAAAGACGAGAAGAUCCUCGUUCUCUGCUACAACAAACCGCUAGAAAUCAGACUCACAAAAGAACUGGAAGACUGUCGAUUGGUUACAGUUAGAACGUUUGGUUCCAUCUUGUGUCAGCUUAGUCAGAACGGCAAUAAAAAUGUGUCAGAAAUGAGUGAUGAGGAGAGGUGUGCAUUGGUUGACCGUAUCCUAGAUGACAAACCGCGAAUCCAUCGCGUCUGCACCUUUGACCACAUCUUUGUAGACGAGGGCGAAGACUUCAUCGGUAACUGGCGAGCUUUGCUGAAGGAGAUCCAGGCAAAAUCACUAUGCAAGAGGAAUUUUCGUUGGAUUUUCCUCGACAACAACCAACACGUCUACAAGACAGCCGCGACAGGGUUCUCUGAAGAAGAACUGGCCAGCGCGAUCCAACUGCGCAAAGUGUACCGGAUGACGGGCAGCGUUUUUGACCAGUUUAAGAAGUACUUCAGUGAUACCGAUGAAGAUACUGACUACUCUAUUGGACACGACAUCACGGGUUUGUGCGUGGAGUGGGACAAAAUGGACCAAACGCCCGACUCCGCUCCCAAAACCGCAUCUGACUACAUUUCUAAACACGUGCAUCGCCUAGUUGGAAACAAUGUGAGCGCAAAGGACAUAUGUGUCCUCCUCAGGACUAUCAAAGACGUACCUGAGGUAGUAGAAGAUCUUCAGGCCAAAGGCAUUCAGUGUCAAAGUGCUGAGGACUCUAUUAUGCAUCCUGUCAAUUCUGCCAUCAUAGUAGAUUGUCUAUCACGGUUUAAGGGUUUAGAAACGAAGGUACUGAUCUUGUAUGACCCUGCUUGUCUCACAGAGGGAGAAGUCAGUGAAAAGGUAAGAGAACAGAUGUACACUGCAUUGUCGCGGUGUUUUUGCCUCCUCAUUAUCAUUGCACCUGCGAGUGUUGUCCAGAGCCUUCAGUCUGAAGCCGGUGUAGCGCCAAAUACUAAAGUAUCUGAUCCCACCAGAUUUGCUCUGUGA